CUUAUAAUUAUAUAGGCUAUUUCGUUUUAAUUUGAAGUUAUUAAUAUUAUUCUAUAUUACCGUAUAUGAAAAAAAUUACUAGACGGAGAUCAUCGUGAAGGCAGUGGGGAAAUUCUCUGUAUGUCUCCGUUGGUUUGGACCGCUGGAUUAUCUGGAGGUGCUCCGUAUUUAAUAUUCAUAAAGCUGUCGUCCUCUGCAAAGUAGGGGCGUCUGUCUUUUAUUAUUUCAUUUUUAAAGCGUAAAACAUCUGAUCGGACUGAAAACUGCGAUUCAAACGCAUCAAAAACAGAGUAAAUAAGCGCUUUUCGUUUCGAAGAUUUUUCUGCAUUUGAGUUUUUCGAGGAUUUGAUGGCCGAUAUAGCUUCAGUUGAGUAAAUUACAAGAAUACAGUAAUUUACGAGUGCCUUAUUUGCUGACAAUGGGAGAUCAAAGUGAAUUCUUAUGAGUAAAACAGAUCUAUCAAUGGCUGCAAUCUUUGAACUGAGUAAUUCAGAGGAGAUAGUAGAAAUAUUAUCUGCCAGAUCAUAUUUUUGAAGCGAGAUUGGCUGUUUUGUUUAUAUUAUCUAUCUAAAAAGAAUUCAAGUUUGCAACUUAUAGCCUGGAUACUAUUUUCCCAAGUUUGGUCAUGGUAAUUCAUCCUGCUGAGCAUCAGAAUCUUUAUCUAUCACUGUGAUGAAAUGAAUUGUUUUGCAAUAAAGUGUGGUCCUUAGCAGCUCAUGGUACAUAUGACAUUUGUUACGAAUUAAGGUCAAAUGGAUAGAAUGACAUGUUCAGUGAUUUGUUCUUGGUCAAUCAGCUGAAUGCCUGGCUUUUCUUUGCCAUGGUUAUAAUAUAUGGUUGGCUGUGUUCUCAGCUUCCACACAAUGCCCAUCUUUUUUGUUUUCUUGUAUUCUCAUUUUCUUCUCAGAUUUAUCUUGAGAUCCGUUGGAGGUCUGCUCAUUGCAGGACAGCUGUUUUACUUGUAUCAUGACAAUAGCAUCUAGUGGCAUCUCCAAAGUUCUCUCUGAAAGGGAUCAUAGUAUCCAAGAUCACGUGAGAAACCAUGCACAUUUGACUAAUUUUAUUCAUUUGAAGAAUCACAUGCAUAUGGACAAGUCAAAAGCCAUGUUGGAUAAGCAAUUUUCAGGGGAGAGCUCUCUUAUGAAAGAUUUAAUCACUCUUCGACGGUCACGAUCUCUGCGGGACCCCUCUACAAGUCCGUCAUUGAAUUCUCCUAUUAUGGGCUCUGUAAUGAAGAAGCUACAAAAGGAGAGUGCAAUUAAUCUAAAUAAUCUUCAAGGCAUAAAGCCAUCUGUUGGUGAUCAUAGGAAAGAGCCGAGAAGGGCAGUCAGUGCCUCACCACUUUCUCAAAGUGACACAUCAAGGCAAACAGCAUCUGUAUUUGCAGGAUAUGGUGUGAAAGAUUCAGUUGAAGACGAUAGAAGACUAAGGAGAAGAAGGAAACUCAUUGCUAAUGCUCUUGCUGAUAGUAGGCUGAGAAAUAGAGACUUAAAAAGUAGAGGAAGGAGAAAGGGAUGGAAUGAUGAAAAGUGGAGAAGCGAUUCUGAGCUCGCAAGGAAGCCAAAAGUCAGUAAUUUGAACAGAAAAGGGUUGCCUUUGAGGGAUGUGAAGAAAGAUGUAGUCCAGAAAGAAAUAGAGGUAGGUUCUGCAAUUGGUAACAGGGAUAAUUUAACUCCUCAGUUUCACUUACAUGUUUCAGCUAGUGGGGUUAAGAAAUCCAAAAAGUACAAGUUAAAACGGAUCAAAAGACCUCAUUUUCACAGCCCUAAACAAGGACAGCAUCAUGAUACUCCAUGUCUAUCUGAUGCUUUGGAUUCUGUUGGUCAUAGAAGGAUUAGUACUAUAGAUUAUUCAGACUCACAUAAGUCUGCAGUUCAAACAGGAAAUGAGAAAUCAGCAGUUGGCAAUGCUCCUAAAAAGGGCUGUGGGAUUCCGUGGAAGUGGUCUAAAAUUCAUGAUAGAGGCAAGAGUAUCUUGGACAUGGCGGGUAGGAGCCUAUCUUGUGGGCUCUCGGAUUCAGCCACUCGAAAACUUGAAGGCCUUGACUCACAAAGCCAUUCCAGUUCUCAUCACGAGCCUUCUACUGCAUUAGAAACAUCUGAUGCCUCUUCCUUGUCCUAUGAUUCAGAUUCUGAGUCUCUUCCUUUAUUGAUUGAGCCAAGUGCAUCUCAACAAAGUGCAGAUACAGAUGCACAGGGAGGAAAGUUUUCAGGUGAGUUGGAUCUCUAUGCUGACCACCAAGUACAUGUGAGACAAAACAAUGAUAUAGAUUCAGAAACCAGAUCAACAGGUAAUAUCAGACAUGGACGAAAUAGGAAGGGUGGUGGUUCUUCUAAAUAUGAAGAAAGGAAUCAGAGCUUGUCUCAGAAGUAUGCUCCCAAGACUUUUAGAGAGUUGGUUGGGCAAAAUUUGAUAACUCAAGCUCUUAUCAAUGCUGUAGUCAAAGGGAAAAUUGCCCCAAUUUAUGUGUUCCAUGGGCCUCAUGGAACAGGUAAAACUUCAUGUGCUAGAAUCUUUUCAGCAGCCAUGAAUUGUCAUUCUAUGGAUCAGUCUCACCCUUGUGGACAGUGUCAUUCAUGUUUAGCUCAGAGUCUUGGAAGGAAUUCACAUGUAAGGGAAAUUGGUGGCAUUGGAACACUUGGAUAUGAUUGUUUUCAGAGUUCCCUCAACAAUGUGGCUAUGCAUCCUCAAUUAUCUCGCUAUCGAGUGUUUAUAAUUGAUGAUUGUGACAUUUUGUCCAGUGAUGAAUGGAAUGCACUUUAUAAAGUUCUUGAUGAAGUUCCUUGGAAUACAGUUUUUAUUUUAAUUACAUCAAAACUAGACCAUAUACCUCAUGCCAUUCUCUCCAGGUGCCAGAAAUAUUUGUUUCCAAAAUUGAAGGAAACUGAUAUUGUGAGUAAGUUGCAGAUGAUUGCCUUACGAGAGGAUUUAGAAAUUGACAAUGAAGUGUUAAAUCUCAUUGCAUCAAGGUCAAACGGAUCCAUGCGGGAUGCUGAAAUGACACUUGAUCAAUUGAGUCUUUUGGGGCAAAGGAUAUCUCUGUCCUUGGUUCAGGAGCUUGUUGGGCUGAUACCAGAUGAGAAAUUGGUAGACUUACUUGAUUUGGCUUUGUCUGCGGACACUGUGAAUACGGUGAAGAGUUUGAGAGAGCUCAUGGAGGCAGGGGUGGAACCGCUGGCUUUGAUGUCACAAUUAGCAACAUUAAUAACUGAUAUUCUUGCUGGCAGUUACAAGUUACAUAAAGAAAGACACAAGAGAAUGUUUUUUCACAAACAUACAUUAUCUAAAGAAGAGAUGAAUAGGCUGCGACAAGCUCUUAGAACUCUUUCUGAGGCUGAGAAACAGCUUUUAUUGUCAAAUGACCGAACGACAUGGUUGACAGCUGCUUUGCUACAACUUGCUCCAGAUCCAUCACAUAAAUUUCGUAGCUCUUCUUCAGGAACCAGUGCCAUUCAGAGCCCUGUAGCAUAUGCAAUGGAAAAAGAAAAAGUUGGUCGAGAAGUAAUUGGUGUUCUAUGGAAUAACCUGGAGAAGCAUUCCAAGUCAAUACAAUAUGCAAAAGGUUCCCCCAUGUUUGAAAGUGGUGGUUCUGGCAUGAGGGAGAGGAUUCCUACUAAGAUAUCAAGAGAGUUUAAUUUAAGCAAUCAUGCAGGAAAUGUGGCAAAAACUCAGUCUUUGGAGAUUGCAGGAGGAAGGAAAGACAUAGCAUCUUCUGAACAUAGUGAGAACGUCAUAUUACAUGGUAAAGUAGAUCAGAUGGAAUUUCACAAGAAGCAACAUAAAACAAGACCAGUGGAUUUUAUUUCAUCUUGUUCACAACAAUACCAGUCAACGGCCAGCUGUCCAAUUGGAGUUCAAAAUAAUUUUUCACCUUCAAAUAAAGGUACUGGUCCAGUGGGAGUUGUUUUGGCACUUGAUCAAUCAGUCAAUUCAGGUGCUACCCAAAAGGUUGCUUUUGACCCCAAUCAAAGCAGAUUACAGCUAGGUGCAUCUACUAUUGUUGCUGAAAACAAUUCAGUGGUCAGAAUUCAGGCCAGUGAAAAGGAAACUUGUCAAUCCCAUAAUGAGGAUUCCUCAAGUGAGAAUGUUAGACCUGAAUUUGUUUAUUCCUCUAUUCAAGCAGCUGGUUGUGGCCAGCAUGUCAUACCCAGAGCCCAUUCAGAUGAACACAUGGAAAACACAUGGGAGCAGGAAGCUCAUUCUUCUUCACUCUGUACACCUCUGGAUGGACAUUCAUGUUCAGAGGCAUACACAAGAGAACAACUCCACUCACAAAGCAUGCUCAAGAGUAAAUCCUCGCGUGGUAGUGCGAUUGAGCAGUCACAGAAAAGUACUGAUGGACUUAAUCAGAAUUUCCAAUCUAAUAACUUAUAUGGCUCAUCUGAACAAAAUAGCAGAGGGGAACAGGGAACUGAUAUUUUGACCUUUAUUUCCAAGGAAGGAGAAUCCAUUGCUGAAAAAAUUGAAGAAGAAAACUUGAGACUUGAAUCCAAAUCUAGAGGACUUCUUUGCUGGAAGACACCCAAAGUCAAUAGUGGGAAGAGCAUGAAAUCCAAGAAUCAGACGAGAAGACCAAGGUUCUUUCAAAAACUUGUUCCAUGUGCAAAGCAAAGACCGUAAUCUACAAAUUUUGUCUCUUUCAUGUCUAAACCAAAUGUUGUAAGAAAUUAGGCAACAUGUAAAUUCAUCGAGAAUGAUCAAUGUAAAAGGUAUUUCAAUGGAAUGUAAUAUCUUAUUUAGAGAGGGAAAUGCACUUAGGCAGGUGUAUGCAUGCCUCUUAUUUAAUUCCGCUUUUCUUUAAUUUUAAGCAUUUAGAGUUUGUGAUGUAAGUAAAUUUAAAUAAUCAAAAUUUAUUUGGUGGGAUAUUGGAGGAUCAAGGUGCUAUCAUGUAUUUGUUUAUUUGUCAUCAU